AACCGGAUAAACUUUGUUAAUACCAAGAGUUUAUUAUUUUUGUAUUUACGUAAUCUGUCAUCUGUUUUGUUUAUACGCAUUUAAAUACCAAUUUUCAUUUUUAUGUUAUUUUAAAGCGUUAAUCUUUGACGUUACCAGAAGUAACUUGGACAUUGCUGCAUCUUCUCAUUGGCUGGUAACCAGGAAGUUACCACAAUAAUUUUCGGGAGCGCGAAAAGAGAGCUCAAAAAAUGUUGUAGUGUGUUUUUAAGGACUGUUGGACUCCCAAAGUGUUUUAAGAAUCUAGCUGUUGUGGUUUCGAUUGAUCUGUCACUCGCCAUGUGUGAAAAGAUCAAGAAGGUGAACAGCUGGCUCAGCACGGUGUUUGGAGAUCAGCCGGUGCCGCACUUUGAGGUCAACACCAGGACAGUGGACAUACUGUAUCAGCUGGCACAGUCCAGUGAAGCCCGGUGCAGUGACACAACUCUGCUCAUGGAGGACCUCAUACAGAAAUCAUCAGAAUAUGAAGCUGAGGGUGCUCACCUCCGGGAUGUUCUUCUUCAAGGUGUCGGCCUGUCCUGUGCAAGCUUGUCAAAGCCUGCGUCUGACUACUUGUCUGCUCUCGUGGACACUGCCAUGGUGCUUGGAGUCAGAGACACGUCACUGGGCAGCUUUAUGCCAGCAGUGAACAACCACACCAAUGAACUUCUGGAAGCAGAGAAGGCGAACAGGAGACUUGAGAGGGAACUCAGGGCCCUCAGAAAGAGGCUUGGCGCUACUUUGGUGCUGCGGAGCAACUUACAAGAGGAUCUCAGCAAAACUGUCAAAUCUCAGGCGGUGGAGAGCGCUAAAGCGGAGGAGAGACUGCUCAACAUGGAUUUUGUGACAGCGAAGGCUAAAGAGCUCGGCAACAGACGGGAGAGGGCAGAGGCUCAGCUUGUGUCCAGGAACAUGGACAAGUCCAUCACCCACCAGGCUAUUGUGCAGCUCUCUGAGGAAGUCGCUGCGCUGAAACAAGAAAUAAUCCCAUUGAAAAAGAAACUGGAACCUUACAUGGACUUAAGCCCAAGCCCAUCUCUGGCACAAGUGAAAAUAGAAGAAGCAAAAAGAGAAUUAGCUGCAAUCGAUUCCCAACUUGAGAUGAAUAUGGAUUUCAAGUGAGGAUGCGUGUAAUGUUAAAAUAAUUCCCGUUUUGAGCUGUACAUGUUUUGCUUUUGAAAAAUAAUAAAGUAAUCCUUUCCA